UUCAAUCACUCUUUUAUUUUACAUACAUACAUCAAAUCACUAUAGUAUAAUUUUCUAUAAAAUUCCCUAAAAAUAACAAUGUAAAGGAGUAAAUUUUUGUGAAUCCAAUUACUCAAAAAAAAAAGUGGAAAGAAUUGAAAUAUCAGCAUCACCACCUACCUGCCCCGCGGCCACGGGACCCGUGUGAUAUCACAGGACUGUUACGGACAGUCGGUAGUCCAAUUAACGGUGGGGUCGGUCGUUCGUCGUAGUCUUUCACUGGACUCUACUGCAGCGGGGCCCCAAGGGAUGUGAUUUCCUACUCGAAGCUGAGUCAGGAUGGACCCCACCACCUGUAAAAAAAAUAAAAAGUAACCGAAAAGAACGGCCAGCGAGCGAAUCCACUGCUGCCGUUGUUUGGUGGGAUUGAAAUUCAAUCGCCAAUUCACUGCAGGCAACAAGGCCCGGCCACCUGCACCGCACAGCCCUAUAACAGAGCAUCGCGUGAGCAGAUAGAUGUAGAGAGACAAAGAAAGAAACGAUCAUCAGCUUUCUCUCUCUAUAAUUCCACUCUUCGACGUCUACCGCAAAUUAUAUUUAAGUAAUAAGCACUUGCAAAAGGAUAAUGAAAGGCUACUACUGAAAACUUUUCUAAAAAAAUAAUACACUAAUAUAAAAGUUAAGGACUGAGGAGAAUGAGAUUUUUCAGGUAAGGGCUCGGAGGACCUGAAAUCUCAGGCAAGGACUCUCCGGCCGUUAUAAAUACUCCCCUUUCCCAAUACCUCCAUUCUACACGGCCUCAUUCCUGUUCCCAUCCCCCAACGCCCUUUUUUUUUUUUCUCCCUUCACGCCGCUUUUUAUUUUCUCAUCUUAGUUUAAGAAUUUCUGCAUCGGUAGGAUUUGAUUCAGGAUGACUAUCCUCGUUGAACAGCCAGAGUUUGGAAUUAAUGAGGUAAAGGAAAAGGGGAUCCAAAAGAAUGAAAGGGAAUUGGUAUUGGACGGGGGCUUUUCUGUGCCUCAGGCCAAUGCUUUUGGCCAAAAUUUUAGGGAUUAUGAUGCUGAAAGUGCAAGGCAACAAGGGGUUGAGAAUUUCUACAGGACCAAUCAUAUUUGCCAAACAUAUGAUUUUGUAAAGAAGAUGAGAGAAGAGUAUGGGAAGUUGGACAAGGUGGAAAUGAGCAUAUGGGAAUGCUGUGAACUUCUCAAUGAAGUGGUUGAUGAAAGUGAUCCUGAUUUGGAUGAACCUCAAAUUGAGCACUUAUUGCAGACUGCUGAAGCCAUCAGAAAAGAUUAUCCUGAUGAAGAUUGGCUACACUUGACCGCCCUGAUCCAUGAUCUUGGGAAGGUUCUUAAUCUUCCGAGCUUUGGAGAGCUCCCUCAGUGGGCCGUUGUAGGUGACACAUUCCCAGUUGGGUGCGCUUUUGACGAAUCAAUUGUCCACCACAAGUACUUCAAGGAAAAUCCUGACUACGCUGAUCCUGCGUACAACACCAAAUGUGGAGUUUAUUCCGAAGGUUGUGGACUGGACAACGUGCUGAUGUCUUGGGGCCAUGAUGACUACAUGUAUCUGGUGGCCAGAGGGAACAACACAACGCUGCCAUCUGCUGGCCUUUUUAUCAUCAGAUUCCAUUCCUUUCAUGCAUUGCAUAGGUCAGGAGCAUACAAGCACUUGACGAACGAGGAAGACGAGCAGAAUCUCAAGUGGCUUCAAAUAUUCAAUAAAUAUGAUCUCUAUAGCAAGAGCAAGGUCAGAAUUGACGCGGAAAGAGUCAAGCCUUAUUACCUCUCUCUCAUCGACAAGUAUUUCCCGGCGAAGCUGAGAUGGUGAAGAGUCAAAAAUUAGAAUGUAGAAUGGAGGAGAAUAUACAAGACUUGUGUAACACGGAUGUCCGGAGUUUAAUUAGCGUGCAAAACUUAAUUAAGUUUUCAUUAAUUUCCCUAUUUGUUACGCUAUGUUUUCAAAUGCUUGUUUGAAUUCCAACUUUCCGCCUGAUUGAUUCACGUCAA